AUGUGUGGUAUACUAGGUAUAGUGUUAGCGAAUCAAGACGUUAAUGUAGCACCAGAAUUAUUUGAAGGUGCCAUGUUUUUACAACAUAGAGGUCAAGAUGCAGCAGGUAUUGUAACGUGUGGAUCAAAAGGUAGAUUAUAUCAAUGUAAAGGUAAUGGUAUGGCAAGGGAUGUUUUCACACAAAAAAGAAUGUCAAAUUUGAUUGGAAAUAUUGGUAUUUGUCAUUUACGUUAUCCAACUGCUGGAUCAAGUGCAGGUUCAGAAGCUCAACCAUUUUAUGUAAAUAGUCCUUAUGGUAUUUCAUUAAGUCAUAAUGGUAAUUUGGUCAACUCAAUAGAAUUAAGAAACCAUUUAGAUGAGGUUGUUCAUCGUCACAUAAAUACAGAUUCAGAUUCAGAAUUAUUAUUAAAUAUAUUUGCAAGUGAACUAGAUAAAUUUAAUAAAAGUAGAGUUAAUAAUGGAGAUUUAUUUACUGCUUUAAGUGAAACUAUGGGAAGAAUAAGAGGGGCUUACGCAUGUGUUGCCAUGUUAGCAGGUUAUGGACUAAUUGGGUUUAGAGAUCCAAAUGGUAUUAGACCAUUAUUAAUUGGUGAAAGAGUAAAUAAAGAUAAUUCAAAAGAUUUUAUGAUUGCAUCAGAAAGUGUUGUAUUAAAAGCUCAUGGUUUUAAAAAAUUUAGAGACUUGAAUCCUGGUGAAGCUGUUAUUAUUAAAAAGACUGGUGAACCAGAAUUUAAACAAGUUGUACAACCAAAACUUUUUGCACCUGAUAUUUUUGAAUAUGUUUAUUUUGCAAGACCAGAUUCUGUAUUGGAUGGUGUUUCAGUUUAUAGAUCAAGAAUUGAAAUGGGUAUAAAAUUAGCUGCUAAAAUACAGAAGAUAAUGAAAGAAAAUGAAAUAGAUGUUGUUAUACCAGUCCCAGAUACUGCAAGAACAAGUGCAUUCCAAUGUGCAGUAAGUUUAGGAGUUCCUUAUAGAGAAGGUUUUGUUAAAAAUAGAUAUAUUGGUAGAACAUUUAUAAUGCCCAAUCAACAAGAGAGAAGAUCAUCAGUUAGAAGAAAACUAAAUGCAAUGGAUUCAGAAUUUGAAAAUAAAAAUGUUUUGUUGGUUGAUGAUUCAAUAGUGAGAGGUACAACAUCAAAAGAAAUUGUUGCAAUGGCUAGAGAAGCAGGAGCUAAAAAGGUAUUUUUUGCUUCAUGUGCACCACCAAUUAGAUUCAAUCAUAUAUAUGGUAUUGAUUUAGCAGAUACAAAAGCAUUAGUUGGAUUCAAUAGAUCUGAAGAAGAAAUUUCAAAAGUUAUUGGAGCAGACAAAGUAAUAUAUCAAGAUUUACAAGACUUAAUAGAAUGUUGUAAAACUCCCGAGAUCAAAAAUUUUGAAGUUGGUGUAUUUACAGGUAACUAUAUAACAGGUAUUGAAGAUAACUAUUUACAAGAGUUGGAAAAAAUUAGAGCUCAAAAUCAAAGAUUACAAGAAAUUCAAAAUGGUGAAAAUUUAAAUAAUGGAUUUAGUGUUGAUGCUUGUAUUGAUCAAAGUGAUAUGAUAGAUGUAAAAGCUGAAGUUGAUAUAAGCAUAUACAAUACAGGUGAUCAUUGA